UUGAUUGGAUCCAUCCAUCCAUCUCCAAGAACUCUCCCUCUCUCUACCCCAGCUCCGUCUUUUCCGAAAACCUUUGGGCGGGUUUCCGACUUUGCCGUGUGUCUGCAUCUGCAUCUCGUGGCUGCUUAUCUGUCCUUCUUUCCUUUUUUUUCUUUUUUUCUUACUUCCUCUUCUAUUCAACUUGGUUCUGCCUGUUUUCCGCCCCUUGCGACUGCGCUUUAUUGUCUCCGCAUCAUGGUGUGGGAGUGAACACGACGCGGGGCAGCGAAACCAUGGACCAGCAACAAGACAGCAAAACCAGCAGCAGCAAGAGCCGCCAGCUCUACGAGAUUGUAGUGCGCGGUUCCGACUGGAGCGCCAUGCUUCUGGGUCCCGUGCGCGCGCGGUUUUCUGAUGUACUUUUUUCUUCUUCUCUUUCUCGUUUUCAUUUCAUACUCAUCGCAUUCCUAUAUACAUUGUCUGCAGAUUCACCCAGCGCACAAGAUUCCAGCAACACACAGCAGAACCACAACAACUAACAGCCGUCUGCAGCGCGAAGCCAACGCCAAAAAAUCCACCGCAUCCGCUGAACACGACCUCUCGCACUCGGCCGCAAAAGCCGGUCCCUUCACCGCGACCCCGGGCGGCGGCGUCGCGGCCUCGGACCCAGACCGCAGCCAAGGGUCCUGGAACCAGACCGUAGGCUCCGCCAAAGAAGCCGUCGGCAACCUCGUCGGCGCAGAGGGUCUCAAGCAGGAAGGCAUCCGCCAGAACAAGGAGGGUCAGGGCCAGGAGGCCCAGGGCCAGCUCAGCGAUUUGGGUAAAGGUGUCAAGGACCGCGUUGGCGGUACCGUUGGAGGAGCCGUUGCUGGCGUCUUGGGCAACGAUGCGCAAAAGUCCGAGGCUGAGCGUCAGCAUGAGGAUGGUAAGGCUAGGCAGAGGGGUGUUGAGGCCGAUUUGCAGAAACAGGCUCCCCAGUAGGAGGCUUGCAUUGCCGCUCUCCCUCUCCUUGUCUCCCCAUAUUCUGGCUGGCUGACCUUUUUUUUUGUAUCCCUUGAUAUCCCCCCUCCUUGACCCUUUUGCGAUUCUGACCCUGAGAGGAUCAACGCUUUAGGUGUCGCUGUUUCUUUUUUUUUUUCUAUAACUGUAGUCCUCACCAGUCUACCGGGGAUUCCAAAGCUCCCAAUGUACAUAUAUCUAGCCUGCUUUCUUCCUGGGAAUUCCCGAUAAUGGGAUUGCAAUGAAUCAUGUAUGAGAUAUUCACAUUAUCACCAACCUUUUGUUUUGUUUUCAGUGCCUCAUUCCGUCGUAUAUCCAUGACAUGAUUCAUAUAAAGGUAAGGCGUGUAUAUGGGAAGAUGAGAUAUCAAUCGAGAAUGUCAACGUAGUAAUAAUUCUAGUUUGCUUAUUUAUCAUAUACAAGCAAAUAUCGUCCUUGAAUUGCCUUUUUUUGCUUGGAUUCAUGAUCCAGGCGGUAGAAGUUGCAGUAUCUACUAUCUCUCUGGGUUGAGGAAAUGGGGGUUUCUCUGUGAUUCUUCUAAUAUUCCCCCCCCUCCUCCCUUUUUUUCUUUCUUUUACUAGUAAUGCUAUUAUU